UAUUUUUAUAACAGUAACACAUAUAUUCAAUAAAAAUGAGGGCAAACGUCAUCAUUUUGUUUCUUGCAACAUCCGUUGCACAUCUCUGCAACGCUGAAACCAGCGUCGUUAUUCUCCACGAAGAAUUAUCAAAAACUUCACCCCUGGAACUAACAUGUGGCGACGUGAUUACCCUCGGAGAAAACGACACUCUAACAUGGAUGUACACCAAUUCCAGUAAUGUGAACCAGACGCUUACUGGUCAUAAUUUGUAUAUUAAUGUCACCGACAACCAUGCGACUGGAGAAUAUGUGUGUUACCUAAAUGGAAAAGAGAAGAUUGCUUACACUGCUGCAAAACUCACUGAGCCAGAGAUAUUGAACACCAGGACUUCCAUCACAUACAAUGAAGGAGAUACAAACAGAAAGAUCACUUGCAAGUCUGAGGGUUCGUAUCCUGAUCCAGAAUUUACCUGGACACGUCGAGGGGAGUUGGAAGGAGAAGUAGCUAUUCUCGUGACCUCGGAAACCAAUCCCAAUUAUGUGAUCACGAAUAACGGUACAAGGUCUGUUCUCAAAUUCUACAAUGUCACCUAUGAGGAGAGUUCCAACUUUAUCUGUUUCGUUCAGAAUGUUGCUGGGAAUGGGACUGUUGAGGUUCUCGUCAGAGUGAAGGAUAAAUACGCUGCAGUCUGGCCUUUCCUUGGAAUCGUAACGGAAGUCGUGAUUCUGAUUGCUGUGAUUUUCUUGUACGAAAAACGAAGCAAAAAUGCUGAAAGUAAGGAAGAGGUGUGUGUCAAUCUUGGUGAGGAUGAAAAACUGACUACUGAAAGCGGAACAGAAGUAAGAAACAGGAACGGAGGGAAAUAAACGAUAAACUGAUUUUAUAAAAUUAUGUUUUUAAAUACGUUUGUGAAUAAUGUUAAUUGCUUUAUACACCGUCUUCACACUUCCACUAUGAGCAAGGAUUUUCUGUAAGCAGUGACUGAUACAGGCAGGAUAUUGUUUGAAAUACUUCAAUCUUUUUAUCUAGAGAAGUCUACUCUAUUCAUACCAUAGGUUUCAAUCUUUAAUGGAGAAACUUAAAAUGAAUAAAUAAAAUUGGCCAUUUUAUUAUGCAACAUGCGGUCAUAUUCAAGUCAACCUAUUGCAGGACUCCCCAAACUUUUAAGAUCACAACCCUUUCCAAUAUAUUGAAAUUUUUGGCCCCCCCCAUCUUUUUCGAGCGGCGCGCUACAUCUCGAGUCUUAUGAUUAAAGGCUGCAUUGUUUUGCACGUGCGCGCCGCUUCUCUGAUUCUAUGUAUUUUCUCUAGCAUUCAUGUUUUGCACUAGUUUUAAUAAUAACUGUGUUUUGAAUCAAAAGUUUAGAAAGUACAAUUGAUAUAAUACAUUGUGUAUGUUUGUGACCCCUAAAAUUCGAUGUCCCAAAGCCCCCCCCCUACAGGUCGCGACCCCAGGUUUGGUAAGCCUUGUUUAUUGCUCUUAACCCGUUACAGAUAUCCAUCCUAAUUUUUUGAUAUUUUAAUUGUUAGUUUUAUUGGUCGUUGCUUUAAUGAUCUUAUGAUUAAUCAAAUGUUGUAAAUAUUGUAUGUUAUUGUUUUUAUUAUGAUCCAAUUUUAAUUGCUUAUAAGUAAUUCACGAAAUUGCGGCAUUGUUUGGAUUGUUUUUAACCUAUUUUAUGAAUUUCACGAAUAAACUUUUUAAGCCACGCCCCUUUUUUAGAAUUUGUCAAGCCACGCCCACCUCAAAAAUAACUAGCUCACAAUAAGCUACAAAUAACAGAUAGUGAGGCAAAAGCAUGCUUUGAUAAAAGACGUUGAAAAUACUCGCUAAUAAAUGUGAAAUACCAGUAACUUAGUGUUCGGUUAUUUGUCCAAUUUACUCUAAUAUUUCUAAUAAUACAUGAAUAUACUGUGUGAUUUCUAAUCGAGUACGUUUUAUCAAUUUUUUUAUUUUAAAUAUCUUUAUCUAUGGUGACGCAAAAAAAAAA